UUCCCCCAGGACGACGAGAAUGGCAGCACCCGGGUUUGUCAUGCUGCGACUGCCACAGACCCUCUCCGGCCGGCAGUCCAAGAUUGUCUACCGCAUACGCCUGCAGCACGAGCACGAGCGCAUCGAGGCAGAGCUCGCUUCAGCCGCGAAGGCAGCCAAGAAGACGAAGGCAGCAAACCACUCAGUGACGAGUGGCAGUAGUAGUAGUAGCAGCGGGUUCGCUGGGUCGCAGCCCACCUCAGCAAGCCGGAUGCUCGCCCAGUCGGCUGCUGCACAUACGCCGCAUUCCCCCAUUGCGACCGCCGCAGGCACCACAGGCGUCGAGCCGUUCUCAGUGGUCAUCCACAACAACUCCGACGCCAGCGACGUUCUGCAGCAACUCGCACCCGCCCCAACCCCGCCAAGCACCCUGGCUGCGUCCGGCAAGUCCCAGACCGAUGAGACAAUCGCCACUGCCGCCGUCGCUGCUGCAGGCCCGGUCAUGUCGCCAACUGGACACUUGGAUCUUGUUCGAGACGUGCUGGCUGCUUUUGGCGUUGCUGAGCGCGAUCUGGUGUGGCUCUCAACGUCGCCGCGGGUGACGGCCGCGCAGCAACCAGCCACAGCAUGCGCCACUCCGCCUCCGAGCGUUGUUGGCACGACUACCAGUGCUGACGCUGCUGGUGCUGCUGGUGCUGCUGUAAUUCCCCAACCCGCAGCAAAAUCCCCCGCAGAUAAACCAAUGCAAAUUUCGCUCACAACCCCGCAAACACCCGCUGCGUCGUCGGCAACCGCCACUGUCACAUCCAUGAGCUCCGUCGCAACGAAUACCGUCAAUGCCACCACCAAAGCCACUCGUGGAGAUCAUCCAACGGCGUCCCAAAAAUCAUCCUCCGCAAGCGAUCAUGUCGUGCUUUUUCCAUGCCUGCACGAUGUCGAGCAAGUGCUCAAUGCGCUGCUGGAGGCCGGCGUCGGCAUUGUCUACGGGAGUGUGGACAUUCUCCCGCUCCUCAUCAACCGUGCCGCCAAACCACUGCCGCGCAAUCGAAAGCGCAAGCCACAGAGCAGCAACGCUGGCAAAUCUCCUCGCCACAAACGCCUGGAUUCGCUGCGUCCUCAGGCGUCUGCAACGGUGCGCCAAACAUCGGCACCGGCAGUGGUAUCGACUGCAGCAAUGCUUGAGCCUGUGGACAAGGUGCUGCGGAGUAACAGUGCCGGUCCGACUGGCAGCUACAACAUUGAUCACAAAGACCUGGCGGUACCCAGCGGCGAACGGCCGGCGUCGCAGCUCAUCACCACGCAGACAAGGCUUCUGCGCGUCGAUCACGUGGCGGAGGAGCAGCUGCAGAGCGAAGAGGCAGCAGUCCGAUCAUCCCGCCAGCUUGACGCAGUAGAUUCGGCGAAUACCGUUUUGAGCACCAGGACGACCAACCCUACCAGCACUGCAGACGCGGCCUCCAGUACCCAUGGAUCCAUCUCCAAGACGAAUCAGAAACUCGCUGGGUCGGAACAGGAAGACGCCAGCAAUGUCGACGACAGCGAUGAAGAGUUCGUUUCUGAUGACAGCACCGAGGACGACGCCGACGACGACGACGACGACGAGGACGACGAGUCGAAUGACGAGGCUGGUCCAAAGAGAAAGAUUAAAAGUACCCACUUUGGCGGGGACGAUUUGGAUGAAGGAGACGACGAUUCAGAGGACGCUCAGGAUCAGGAAGACAUUGUCAAGCUCCGCACCGGCUUUGCAAAGUUCCAAGAUACCGUCCGCUCGCGCCUGAUGGUCGACCAAGUCGCAAGUGUGCUCCAAUCUGCCGGCGAGCUGAGCUUUGACUUUCUGGCACUCACGGUUGUGGCCAGCUGCCUGGCAGGCCUUGGUCUCGGGUCGAACAACGCGGUGGUCAUUGUGGCCAGCAUGCUUGUCUCGCCAAUCAUGGGCCCCAUUUUGGCAGUGACAUUCGGCUCGGUCAUCCGCGAUCGCCACCUCAUCACUACGGGCGUGCGCUCGGAGGUGAUUGGCCUGUCGAUCUGCCUGGCCAUGGGCUUCAUCAUGGGCACCAUCUGGACGAACUGGGGUCCGCAGUUCUCCUGGCCAACCUCGGAGAUGGCGGCACGCGGCGAUUGGACGGGCAUGUACAUUGGCAUCUGCGUUGCGAUCGCGUCGGGCUUUGGCGUCGCCCUCUCUGUGCUCGGCAACAACACGAGCAGUUUGGUUGGCGUGGCCAUCUCGGCUUCGUUGCUUCCCCCAGCCGUGAACGCCGGGAUGCUGUUUGCCUACUCCAUCUGGGGUCCACUCAUACUAACGGCAACGGAAAGGUCUGCGAUCGACUUCAACGACGUUGCUCGCACCGGUGGCAUCAGCUUUCUGCUCACCGUCGUCAACAUCAUUUGCGUCUUCUUUUCGGCGUACGCCAUGUUCAAGCUCAAACAGGUCGCCCCGAUCGCCAAGAAACCAAAGUUCUGGCGGGAUGCGCUGCCCAACUACCGCGAGAACGGCGAAACGCUGGCAGGCUCGGAAGCCAACGAGCUUGGCGAGCGCUUCCAGCGCUUUGUCCAGCGACAUGGCGGUGCUGUUGCGCCUUCCGAGCUCGACGGCAAUCCUCAGGCGGUCGCCCAAGCGAUGGAAGAGAACGAGCGCACCAUUUUUGCCGCAAUCCAGCAUGGCGGUCGCAUCCCGCGCGGGAGCCUUGUGCCGCGUGACAACGGCGGCGGCGCGAACGCUUUCGGCGAGGACAGCAACGCGAAUACCGUUAUGCCUCCUUGGCGGGUUCGGCCGAUUCCCGUCAGCGACAUUCUCUCCUACGCUCGUCCGUUCACUAGCUCGUCGUCCUGGGACCACACCGAUGCCAAUUCCAUCUCCCUGGAUCCUGGUCAGGCGACCUAUCACAACCCGACUUCACAGUUAUCGCCGGGUGCCGCGCGACUGGCGAAACUGUUCCAGCCCCCACCGCCCCUGCCCGUGUUUCCCAACGCGUACUACGCAGGCCGACCAACCCGAGUGGCGCAGCACGCUUACGGCCGCCCGUCUGUCCUGAUUCACCGUGCAUCCGUUCCCCAUCAGAGCACAGAGAAUCCCACGUCCAUCAAAACCACCACAUGUUAGUAGUACAAGUGAUUUGCCUCAUUGAUACCUCUGUUGUCGUAGGUGCAACAACUCCAGGGUUUUUUGUCUUGUCUAGAAUAACAAAUCAUUGUUGAGAA